GUGACAGCGACAACCAGGACUCACCAUGCCGGCACCCUCGCAGCUCGCGAUCGCUACCUCAGCGCUCAAUCGUCUCGUGAAAGAAGAGGCUUCUUACCACCAAGAGAAGAAGGCGCAAGAAGCCCGCAUUGCCAAGCUCGAAGUAGAGCAAAGCAACGAUGAGAAUGCUGAAUACACACUGAGGCAAGAGCGCAAAGCUCUCGAGGAGACCAACGCUAUGUUCCCACAACUCAAGCAGAAGAUUGAGGAUGCCAAGGCUAAGCUUGAAGCUCGGCUGGAGCAAGACAAAGGUCCUAGUGAUCACAGCUCGCCAGAAGAUAUCACCAAGGCCAAGGAAGCAAUUGCUGCGGCCCUUGGUGCCAUUCGAGAGUCGUCAUGAGAAGUGGUGUGUGAUAAUGCUGGGUGAUGAGGCCAUUCUGCGGCCUGCUGAUUGUGUAAAUGCGUCGAGAAAGGAUGAUCUGUUAAUAUCGACCACUGUGGUCUGUAUAUGCACUACUUGGUGCUUUUCGGUGAAAUUGAUGCUUUCCUCAUCG